GCAUCAAUUAUUUAAUGGGGGUGGUCGAUACUAUGUAUUAUUUCCUCGAGUUGUCACCGAAGAUAUAUAAAAAAAACUAAAUAACAAAAAUGUAAUCUGUCUUAUUCGGCCAACCAUAAGCAUACGCCGAGUUUAAACGUUUUUUUUUCUUUCUGUCCGGCGAAGCAGCCCUCCCCCCCUAGUCGCGGAAGUUGGAUCGAUCCUCAGGCAGAGUCUAGUAAAUGAAUCGCCGAAUGAAGAUGGCGGAGCUGUGAGGUCUGGAAUCGGGGUGCUUUUAAACUUCAUUUGUUUGUUUGUUUUUUAACAUCAUUUGGAAGCUUGGAGAUUUUUCGGUGGGUGGAUUUUUUAAAUUGUUGGUUUGUUUUUAAACAAGACUAUCGGUGUGUGAUAUUACUGCUCCUGGAAUAAGACACUGCUGAAGGACAGAGACCUCCACCUACCGUGGGGAAACCCACCUAUCACAGCAUGGCUGAUCACAGGACAGGGGCAGCAGCAGCUCUGGAGUGCUGAAGAGAGUGAGGAAGAGAACUAGAAGAAAGACAAACGCGGGGAGAGAAAGGAGGAAUACAAAUCUGUGCUCUUUAGAACACAGAGAGAGAGAGUGUGGAGGAGUGUGACGGGGCAGCCAAUCCUCUUAGUGUGUCUGAGAAAGGCAGAGAGAGGAGCUGGCAACAGGCACUGUGAGGAAAGGGAGAGUUGAGACUGAUUGAAAAAACCGACUAGCUUCUCCUGAGCCUUAACUGUGUGGGAGAAGAAUUGAUAGUGUGUGUGAUAAACUACAGGUAGGGAGGGUGGGCGAGGGGAAGUCGAGUGAGCCUGUGUGUGCGCAUGUGUUUGCCUCUCUGUGUGCGUGUCUGCAGUGGGCAGUGACAACGGCAAGCUGAGAGAGAAGCUAUGGGUGCCAUGGUUACUUAGAGUAAAUGGCCGUUCCUGUGCUGAGCUUGUUGCCAGUGUCUGCUGCUCACCCCUCCUCUCUCUCUCUCUACCUGCUCCUCCUGUUCCCUCCUCCUUCUCCUGCCCUGCCUCUGGUCCCCCUGCUGUUGCCGCCGCUAUGCUGUGGGUCUGGAAAUCUGUGCGUAGCCUUCGGCAGCUUGAGCUGCACCGUCUGAUCCUGGCCCUGAUCAUCUUCAGCCUGCUUUCUAUGUGCUUCCUGGCUUAUUAUGUCAGCAGCAGCCCCAAGAUCAAAGAGGCGCCCCCUCUUCCUUUCAGUGACUGCAGGGUGGGAGGAGGACCAGAGGGGGGACAGAGAGCCCCCCCGUUAGUGCCCCUGCAGGCGGGACAGCGGCGCUUCGUGAAGGCGGUGGACACGUCUCGCACAGACCCCAUGGUGCUGGUGUUCGUGGAGAGCCAGUACUCCCAGCUGGGCCAGGAGAUUGUGGCGAUGCUGGAGUCCAGCCGGUUCAAGUACCGCACGGAGAUCGCCCCGGGGAAGGGGGACAUGCCCAUGCUGACGGAGAGGGGGCGUGGCCACUACGCGCUGGUCAUCUACGAGAACGUGCUCAAGUACGUCAACCUGGACGCCUGGAACCGGGAGCUGCUGGACAAGUACUGUGCCGAUUUCGGCGUGGGAAUGAUCGGCUUCUUCAAGGCCAACGAGAACUCACUGCUCAGCGCCCAGCUCAAGGGCUUCCCGCUCUUCCUGCACUCGAACCUGGGGCUGCGUGACUACCGCAUCAACCCUGCCGCACCGCUGCUCUACGUAACACGUGCCAACGAGGUGGAGCAGGGGCCCCUGCCAGGAGACGACUGGACCGUCUUCCAGUCCAACCACAGCACCUACGAGCCCGUCCUGCUGGCCAGCACCAAGUCCUCAGAGGCGCUGGCUCAGGUGAGUGAGCACCAGGCCCAGCACGCCACUGUGGUGCAGGACCUGGGGCUGCACGAUGGCAUCCAGCGCGUCUUCUUCGGGAACAACCUGGCCUUCUGGCUGCACAAGCUGGUGUUCAUCGACGCCAUCGCACACCUGACAGGACGCAGGCUGUGCCUCCCCCUCGACCGCUACCUGCUCGUCGACAUCGACGACAUCUUCGUGGGCAAGGAGGGCACGCGCAUGAAGGUGUCGGACGUGGAGGCGCUCCUGAACACUCAGAACAAACUGAGAGCGCUGGUCCCCGACUUCACCUUUAACCUGGGCUUCUCGGGGAAGUUCCAUCACACAGGCACGGAUGAGGAGGAUAUCGGGGAUGACAUGCUGCUGCAGCACAGGAAGGAGUUUUGGUGGUUCCCUCACAUGUGGAGCCACAUGCAGCCACAUCUGUUCCACAACGUGAGCGUGCUCGCCGAGCAGAUGAGGCUCAACAAGCUCUUCGCUCAGGAGCACGGGAUCCCCACAGAUCUGGGGUAUGCAGUGGCGCCCCAUCAUUCGGGGGUGUACCCCGUUCACAGCCAGCUCUACGAGGCCUGGAAGUCUGUGUGGGGGAUCCAAGUGACAAGCACUGAGGAGUACCCCCACCUAAGACCGGCGCGAUACCGCAGGGGGUUCAUUCACAACGGCAUCCAGGUGUUGCCCAGACAGACCUGUGGCCUCUUCACUCACACCAUCUUCUACAACGAGUACCCAGGGGGCUCCCGAGAGCUUGACAAGAGCAUCCGGGGAGGGGAGCUGUUCCUGACGGUGCUGCUCAACCCAGUAAGCAUCUUCAUGACCCAUCUCUCUAACUAUGGGAACGACCGGCUGGGGCUGUACACCUUUGAGUCGCUGGUGAAGUUCGUCCAGUGCUGGACUAACCUGCGCCUGCAGACCCUGCCUCCCAAGCAGCUGGCUGACCAGUACUUCCAGAUGUUCCCUGAAGAGAGGGACCCCCUAUGGCAGAACCCCUGCGAUGACAAGCGACACAAAGACAUCUGGUCCAAAGAGAAGACCUGCGACAGGCUGCCCAAGUUCCUGGUGAUCGGACCACAAAAGACUGGUACGACGGCUUUGCACUUCUUCCUCUCUCUGCACCCAGCGCUCACCAGUAACUUCCCGAGCCCAGUCACCUUUGAGGAGAUCCAGUUCUUCAACGGGCCCAACUACCACCGCGGCAUUGACUGGUACAUGGACUUCUUCCCCUUCCCCUCCAACGCCAGCACAGACUUCCUGUUUGAGAAGAGCGCAAAUUACUUUGACACAGAGCCGGUCCCUCGCCGCGCUGCCUCUCUGCUGCCACGAGCCAAGAUAAUCGCAGUGAUCAUCAACCCAGCAGAGCGUGCUCACUCCUGGUACCAGCACCAGCGGGCUCACCAGGACCCUGUGGCUCUGAACUACACCUUCCAGCAGGUGGUGCACGCCCCCCCCAGCGCCCUGCCCCAGCUCCGAGCCCUGCAGAGCCGCUGCCUCUCCCCGGGGGCCUACGCAGCUCACUUGGAUAGGUGGCUCCAGUACUACCCCCCCGACCAGCUCCUGCUGGUGGAUGGUGCCAAGCUGCGUUUGAAGCCGGUGUCUGUGCUGGAUGGGGUGCAAAGAUUCCUGGGGGUGAGCCCCCUAUUCAACUACACACAGGCACUGACGUUCGAUGACAGUAAGGGGUUCUGGUGCCAGCGCCUCGAAGCGGGUCGGACCCGGUGUCUGGGGAAGAGCAAGGGCCGGAAAUACCCAGACCUGGAGCCCGAGACACGCUCCUUCCUAUCGGAGUAUUACCGCGAUCACAACAUGGCGCUGCUCAAGCUGCUCAACAGGCUGGGGCAGGCCAUCCCUGUGUGGCUCAGAGAGGAACUGCAGAGCAGCAGCUGGAGCUGAACACAGAACCGGAACUGGACCUCCAGACAGAGCCAGAGCCGGGCCAGGCGAGCAAACAGGGAGGGAGAGCACAAAGACCAGUAAUGACAGAAAAAACCCAAAGAGAGACGCAGGGAAACAUGGAACAAAGGCGUGCACACACACCCCACCACUACCACGGGUCUCGCAUAGGGGGUGCUGUGGCUCACGUGAUGCCUCUUACGUGUUCCUGUGUGAACGGUCUUUCAUCGCACACACCCACCCCUCGCUCCUCCUCCCUGGUGUUCAUUGCUCUGCGGGGAACUCGUUGUCCACGGCAGCAGUGUCCAAGCUGCUGUUAAACCUGUACAGACACUUUAAAAACACAAAGUGCAGAAUGUGACUAAGGACGCCUGAACGGAGGCGUAAACACAAAGAGACACCCAUGAACUAUAACCCCCCUCUCUCCAAUACCCCUUUCUGUCUUUCAUUUGUUUGUUCUUUUUAUUUUAAAUUUUUUAAACAAAACCUAAACCUAUGCACAUUUUUUUUUUUUUAAAGGUGUUAAUGUGUGUAAUCCUUUCUUUUUUUGUUUGUUAAAUGAGACAUUUUUAAUAAUAAAGGACACGUUGCUGUUACUGUUUUUAAACAUGAACCCAGAGGAGGAUCGGCAGUGUGUGUGGAUGGGAGAGAGAUGCACACACUCCAGGGUCCUAGCUGCUUUAAUUUAUCCCAGGACUCUACAGACAGGAAGGCCCUGUCCCUUGCCAAAACCAGGCCAAACCAGACCCACCCAGGCCAUCCUCACGUCAAGUUGUAUCCCGCUGGGCACUGUUACUGAUAACUGCCGUUUUCUCAAGGACUGCCACGGAACAAAAAACUGCAUCCUGAGAAUUUUAAUUUCAAACAGCAGCAGCCAGUUGAGAGAUUUGGAACUGUAUAUCUGGUUAUCUCUCAGGCUGAACACAAACGGACAGGUGUUCAGACAGACACACUGACUGACUUAGGACUUGUUGAUAUUGAAAGCUGCUCUGUGGUGUUGUGUGUUUUUUUUUUUUUUUUUUUUUUUUUUUUAAAUAUGUAUUUUUAAAAAGGAAAAACCACCAACACAAUAUCAUCUCUAAUAAACCGCUGCAGUGUUUGGGGAA